AUGGCGAAUGUCAAAGUGGCGCUGCGGGUCCGGCCUCUGAGCAAAAGAGAGAAUGCAGAAGGAAGAAGAGUGAUUGUCGACGUUGAAGACAAAGUGGCGAAAAUUAGAAACAUAAAGAGCCAUGUCAAGGUGGAUAACAAGUAUGAAGGUCUUUGGGACACAAGAGAGAAAGUUGUCGCAUUUGGGUUUGAUUACUGCUAUUGGUCUGUUGAUCCUGAGGAUCCAAAAUAUGCAUCUCAGGAAUCGGUUUUCCAGGAUCUUGGUGCUUCAGUAUUAUCUGGUGCUUUUAAAGGAUACAACAUUUGUCUUUUUGCAUAUGGACAGACUGGUUCGGGAAAAACAUACACCAUGAUGGGAACUCCAAUAUCUGUUGGAUUAACUCCACGUAUAUGUGAGGGUCUGUUUUCAAGAGAAGAUGACUAUUUAAAACUGCCAGCAUCUUGCAGAGUGGAAGUCAGUUUCCUAGAAAUCUAUAAUGAGCGGGUCCGAGAUUUGUUAAGGCAGCCAAGCCAUAAAAAACCAUACACACUUCGUGUCCGUGAGCAUCCUGAGACAGGGCCAUAUGUACAAGGGCUGUCUCAACAUGUAGUUACGGACUACAAUCAAGUAGUUGGACUUCUGGAAGAAGGAAUAGCAAACAGAAUUACUGCAGUUACUCAUGUUCAUGAUGCCAGCAGCAGAUCCCAUGCCAUCUUCACUAUUCAGUAUACUCAGGCUAUAUUAGAGAAUAAUCUACCCUCUGAAAUUGCAAGCAAGAUCAACUUAGUGGACCUUGCGGGCAGUGAAAGAGCUGAUCCCAGUUACUGCAAAGAUCGGAUUACAGAAGGUGCCAACAUUAACAAAUCAUUGGUUACUCUUGGAAUUGUCAUCUCUACCUUAGCACAAAAUUCUCAGGUGAUCAGCAGUUGCCAGAGUAUAAACAGCAUAGCCAGCGAUGUGGAUAGCAGCCACUCAAGCAGUCAAUGUGGAGCCAGUGUCAGUAGUCCGAGGCGUCAGGCUUACAUUCCAUAUCGUGACUCCAUCCUCACUUGGCUUCUGAAGGAUAGUUUGGGUGGUAAUUCCAAGACAAUUAUGAUUGCAACAAUAUCUCCUGCAAGUUCUUGCUAUAAUGAGACCAUGAAUACCUUACGAUAUGCCUCAAAUGCCAAAAACAUUAUUAACAAACCCCGGGUGAAUGAGGAUGCAAAUGUGAAGCUGAUUAGAGAACUGAGGGAAGAAAUUGACCGACUAAAAGCUAUGCUGAUGAGCUUUGAGCUGAGAAAUUUUAGUCCAUCUUGGAGUGAUGAUAAAGAUGGAAAUUUGACAGAGUUAGUUCUUCAGAAUGAAAUUAAGAUUGAGCAGCUGACCAAAGACUGGACAAAUAAGUGGAUUAACAGGAAAGCUAUCAUGGAAGAAUACAGUGUGGAUAUCAACAAGAAAAAAUCUGGAGUGACAAUUGACUCCAAUUUACCUCACUUAAUGACCCUGGAUGAAGAUAUCCUUAGUACUGGAGUUGUGCUCUAUCAUCUCAGGGAAGGAACAACCAAAAUUGGAAGAAGUGAUUCAAACCAGGAGCAGGAUAUUGUUUUACAGGGCCAAGGGAUUGAAAAGGACCAUUGCAUUAUAGAAAACCAGCAUGGAGUUGUGACUCUGCAGCCUCUUCAAGGCUCCUACUGCAUUGUGAAUGGCUGUGAAGUCACAGAUUCCUUUCGUUUGUCACAGGGAGCCCUUGUUGUUUUGGGUAAAGCUCACAAGUUCAGGUUCAACCAUCCAGCUGAGGCUGCCAUUUUAAGGCAAAGGCGAACAAUCACUGAGACACCUUCUGCUGUGAGCUGUAGAUCUCUUGAAUGGUUAAAUCUGGAUGGAGACUUUACACCUUCCCUUUCCUAUAGCUUUUAUCCAGCUGAAACAGAGAGUAGUAAACAAGUAGAUGUCAUCCAUGAAGAAUGCCAGCCAAAAGAGAAAAACAAAGAAUCUCUCCACAGUAGGAAAAUCAAAAAGCAGCUACUGUAUGUUGAAGAAUUGCAGCAGCAGAUCUUAGAUGGGAAAAUUAAAGAUGAACAAGAACUAGAACAUGAUCAAGCAAUAAUCAAUCAGCAGAUCAGAGAAAACCAGAAGUGGCUCAGUAAUGAAAAGAAGCGAUUGUUGGUGCAGCAGCAACAGGAAUCCUCUGUGCAGACAGAGGCCAAAUCAUAUGCAGAAGCAGGAGUCCAGAAUAUAUUGGAAUCAGAGACUUGCCCUUCCCUGAUACAGCAGAACAAGAAGAAAUUGGUACAACAGGAACUUUUGCAGAAGUACUCCUUAAAGAAAGCAGAAAGAAAUUUAAGGCGGAAGAAGGUCAAACUGCACUUAGAGAGGAUUGUGAAGAAACAAAAGUUACUUGAGGCCAAGAAAAACUUGGAACAGUUAGAAGCUAGUUGCUGGACCAACGAAGAUAAUGUGAAACAUUCCCAUCCGCUGUAUCAAGAUAUCAUAGCAACUUCUUGGGACUGCAAGUAUCCAAAACCAGACCAGUCAUCAGAUGUAAGCUCCUCGCAGAGCAGAAGAAAUUCCUUUUUAAAUCUUCAGCUACAGCAUGUCCCCAGUUGCUGUUUUUUCCUGAAAAGGGAUCCCUCCGAUGAAUUGUCUACCUCAGCACACAACUACAGAUGCUCUCAAGUCAAUCCAUCAAGAAAAUCAUCAUCUGUAGAUUUUCUUCAAAGAACAGUUAAAGAACUUACCAGAAGAGAUAAUGUUGACGUUGAGAUUGAUGGCUCCUUCCCAACUCAGAGGCAGCUAACUGAAAUAUAUAAGUCAUUAUGUCUUGCCAAUAAAGAAAAAGUGGACAGUAGCAUUAGUACUACACAAGUAAUUUCUCAUCUUUGUAAAGACUACAGUCAAAUGGAGAAAACGGAUAAUAGACCAAGGCAAACUAGACCUAAAUCCGUGAUUUCUAAAAGCUGUUCUCCUGAUCUCUUUAAGAAAAAUUUCAAAUCUGAAACCAGAAAACAAGUGACUAGAACAGAAGUACUAGGAGACACUAGUCAGUGUAUGGGAAAAAACUUAGAAAAGACUGAAGCUCAGGAAAUUAGUAGAAAAAAGGGAAAAUAUGUAAGAAAUAAGCACCAAGGUUCGCUGCCAGGGAGUUCCAGCAAAGAAAUAAAAAGGUCAACGACAUGUGAUAAACUACCAGUACAGCAUGUUAGCCAGACAGCAAAGAAUGUAAGAAGAGAUCCAGAAGACAGACAAUCAGAGGAAAGACAUGAACUUCUGAGGACUACAACUUUAGCAGGAAGUCUUAAAAAGAUAAAUAACCAGAAGCCUCUCUGUCCUAGAGAAAAAAGGUGGCAUAGUGCUGAGGUGUUGAGUACUGGAAUCUCAAAAACAGCUUCCAAUCCCCUGACGAACUGGCAAGAAGAUGAAGACAUUGAAUUUUCUGAUACAGAUAGUACAUACUCUGUGGAUUCUCUCUCAUGUAUAAAUACAAUAGUCCUGACUGAGCAACUUAGGCAGAAAGAGUCAGCUGGAAUCCAGGGCACUCUUGAUCUGGAUGACUCUGAAAGUGAUGACAGCCAGAUGUCUCAGGAUUCUCUUACAGAAAAGGUAAACAAAACUGAAAACCAAGAUCAGAAGGAUUUUCCUCAGGUCCAUCAAGAGCCUAUUAACUUUUACAAAGACAAUAACUGUCAGCCUCUGAUGGCAACUACAUCUACAUCAGGCAGUAAUUUGACUGAGCAUGAGAGAAGCUUCUCUUUGGAUAGCUUAGGUGAUGUUGAUGAAGUAUCAGAAGACAUGGCAGAGAAAUGCAAAUUGGAGUCAUUUGAUGAAGUGCCAGCAGAACUUUUUUGGGGGAUGCAAAAUCCAAAGUUAGAAACCAGAAACAGCAAUGAACAGCACAAUCCUGAGCUCUGUGAUGAAAAUAUAAUAAGAAAAUCUGAUGACUUGAAUUUUAACGCUGAAUCUUUUUAUCUGGAUGCUAGUACGCAGUCUAGUUCCAGUAGUGUUUGUGAUCAGUCAGUGAAGGAGAUGAAAAUUAAUUUUUUAGUUCAAGGAAGAUCUAUAGAUCAAAAACCACAAGAUGCAGGUGAAAAUCUUCCCAUUUUGUCAAAUGCUUGGUUGUCCUAUGGCUUAAAACAUGGAAAAUGCAGCCCCAUAAUAGCGAUGCCUUCUUCUCAAGACCACUCAGAUUUUCAGAUUGCUCAGCUGCAUCCUUAUGACACAUCACAUAGCUGGAUGAAGAAAGAUGAACUAAGGCAGUCAGCUGCUGAAUUAUCAUUUGUGUCUUAUAAAGAACCUCAUAGGAUAUCUCAUGAGCCUGACAAGAUUAAGAUGAUGUUUCCAUGUGCACCACCAUCAAUACCUUUACCAGAAACAAGAACACAUCCUGAGAUAGAAACUGUAGGAGCUGCAAUGUCAUUUUUAGCUCCAACAGAAGACAUUUCUUUUGAUCAUGUUUCUGCAUUUCCUACAAAACAUGGUUACUGUGAGACUACCUCACCACCAGAGUCUAAUAACCUUCAACCUGAUGAGUUGGCUGGGAAUGGAUCUACUAAUGAAGCCUCAGGUACAGAUAAUUUAUCUCAAGUGUCAGAAAAACAGGACUUCUCUGUUUCUUCAAUUUAUUCUGAGAAGAAUGAAGAUUUUAAAAAUAAUUCCUUAAUUUCUACAACAAGUAUCCACUUUUUACGAGAAGAACCUCAUGUAACUACUAAUUUAGAAGACUGCAUCUUUAGAACUAUUGAAAAAGAGAGCAUUGAUUAUGACUCUGAGAGUAGUAUAAAAGACUCAAAAGUACUUGAUUCAAAUACAGAAGAUAAAUCCACCUGCACAUUAUCCAGUGGGUCUCCUAGAUUGGCUACAGUGGAUGCAACACAAGAAAAACUUCAAGGCCACAAACAUUUGUUUUCAAAAGAGAGAAUAUCAUUGUUUAGUAAUGAAAGUUUCUAUCUGUGUGAAAUAAGAAAUAAAAGUCUAAAUCUUGUUGAGGAAGAAGAGUAUUCUGGUGAUAAGAUGCAUUUACCAACACAUGACAGAUGUGAUUUUUUUGACCCAGCACUGAAAAUGAAAUACCAACAGGUAUUGGCAGAAGACAUUUCUGUAGACAGUUCUUCUGAACCUAAAUUGUAUCAAAUAAAGAGAACAGCCUUUCGCCAUAGUGAUCAGUUUACUCCACUUCUACCAACUUCUGAGACUGAGAAAGCCACUAAACAUGAAAACAGAGAUGUCUUAGCAGAAUCUGCUUUAGAGGUACCUUCAUUUAGAGAGGUGAAAGAAAACAACUUGCAAGAUGAAAAAUGGAGUUCAGAAAAUCAUUUUGAAUUUCAAACUAGAGCCGUAAUGAGUGAGUCUUAUUCAGGUUUAAUACCAGACUGCUCUGGAAAUUGCUCAAGGCAAAAAGAUUCAUUGAAUUUGAAUACUGAACAUUUGAUGCCAAACAGCAGUGAAGGGAAAAAAUGUAACAUGAUUUGUGCAGAUUUGGUGACUGACAAAGUAAUGAGUUCUAAUACGAAUAUAAAUGAGAAAAAAGCUGAACUUACAGUUCUUGGUUCUUGUAUGGUUGAUGAUAAAGUCUCUUUACAAUCCUAUCCAAAUAUAUCGUGCCAAGACGCACCUAGAUUGCAAAAGCAUGUUUGUGAGACCAGAUCAUCUAAUACAGAAAAUCAUUCAAAAGAAUGUUGUUCUGGAUCUGUUACUACCACAGAUGAGAAACACACAAUACACACAGUUCUUCAUGAUUCUGUUAAGUUUGGCUGUAUUGGCAAACCCAAAGUUCGGCACAGAUCUUUACCUUCAUCAAGACAAGUGAAAGAAGCUUCACUUUUGAGUAUGGACCUUAAUAAAAAUGACUGUUCAGGAAUGGAAUUGUGUACCACUCAAGCUGCUGAAAAUAAUUCUGUAAAAGUGUUAGGAAAUGGAGUUUUCUCAGAUACAGCUUCCCAAGCACAGAAUUCCUGUGUGAAUAAAGAAUCUGAAUAUCUCAAAGAGAAAGUUGUCACAGCUUCUGUAACUCCUUCUGAAGAAGAUAUGAGUAAAUACAAUAGUAAGUCAGUAUGCUCUGAAGAACUCACUAAGCUAAUAAAUAGUGUUAACAAACUGGAAAGUGACAUGUUAGAAAUCAAAUCUAGUCAGAAUAAAAGUUUACGUAAUUACCUUGGAAUUGAAUCUCAAAGCGAACCUGUAGUGAAUGGAAAGAACUUUGAAUCAAGUCCUCCCUUUCAGAGACUCAGCAAUGAUCAUGAGCAGUGUAAUAGGAAAUUACUUGUAACAGUAAAACAGGAGGAAACUAAUAAAGUAGAGAUCCAGCUGAGUGAUGACAGCAAAGGAGAAUUGUGCGCAUUCAAAACAGCAGUCGAGCCCGACAUCAUCUUUCAGUCUAGCAAUGUUAACAAAAAUAAACUUCAAGAAAAUACAAGAGAAAGUGAUUGUCACACCACAGACAUGAAAGUAGGUUCUAAAAGCAUUGUAUCAGCUAUUUGUCGCAGCAAAACCGUUUUAACUCAAAAAACUGUAAACUUCUUUGAUGAAUAUGAAGAACCUGUUCAAGAUGACAGAGUUAUAAAAACUGGUUGUGGCUCUGGACCCACAGUGAUUUCAAUGUCCUUUGAAUGCAGGCAAGAGGACACUUCAGAUUACAAUAAAGAACAUCAACGAAUGCCACUGAAUAAUGAAAGUAAGAGUUGUUUAACAGAAAGCUUGAUAUCCCCGAAUGCUGUUUUUCAAGAAAAUAAUGCUGAUAGGAAUACAAUUGAUUUUGAAACAGAAGUCAAAGAUCAAAGUGAUGCAUUAGAAAAAGAGGGGUUAACUGAGCUACACACUGGUGAAAAUAUUGUUUUGGUCCAAGAGAAACCAGCUCAUGAUCUUACGUAUUGUGACAGUGCCAAUGAUGAUGAUGAUGAUGAGAUACCAGAAAAAUAUUUUACUGCUUCUACCUUGGAAGAACAAGAGGGUAGACUUCAGUUACCAGUAACAUGUCCCGAUAUAGAUGAAACACACAGAGAAAUAAGAUCAACAGGUCUUGAAAGCCACAGAGGUGUUACAAAUAAAAUGCUGAAAGACAACAGUAGUGAUGGAUCUUUGUGUGAAGAUAGAGAUGCAAUUUGGCAAUGCAAGAUAAGUGAAGAGUUUGGACAUGGUGACAAAUUUGAAAAUAUUAAUGCAUCUAUAACUUUUGUUGGAAAUGGAUUUGAUAAUUAUAAAUCUGUCCCCGACCACUUUAUACCUAAGAAAAAAGAGAAAAUGCAUCCAGUAGCCCCAAUGCAGUUGGCUAUGACUGAAGUACUGGCUCAAAGCACCAACACACAAAGCAUGUGUAUUUUUAAAAUGGGAGAUGAAGAAAGGUGUUUUAAAGAAAUUAGUGAAAGAACAGAACUUGAUAUUUCAGAAAACCAAGGGGAAGCUCUACCACAGAACAAGUGCAGUUACAGUUUCUCAGACAAGGAGACUCUGCUUAGUGAGGUAUCAGAAGAAAGUGAAUGGUUACCUCACAUUUUUUCAAAGAAUAAAGGUGAUGUUGGUGAUUACUCAGUAACGGUUAACCAAAAAGAUCUACCAGAAAGUAUAGGUCAAGGUGACAGGAUAACUGCCAAAGAUGUUAAACAUUUACUCUGUCAGACUGCACAUAGUCCUUUGUUAACUGGAAGAAAUAGAAGUGGAGAAAAUAUUCAGGGUGAUGGUACCACUGCAAGCAAUUCUGCAGUGCCGUUCAGUAGCAGUACCAGUACUAUCACAGGUCUCCAGUACUAUGAAACACGAAAGGAUAAUGAUGUACAGGCUGGAGCACUCUCAACCUUUAUCAAAGGAAGAAGAGAUUAUUCAUUUCCUCAUGAUCAGGUAGAGCUGGACAGAGAGAUGAAGGCAGACAUCAGAUUUAAAAAAACAUCUAAUUACAUUACAUCUGAGCAAGUUCCUAGUGAGGAUAACACAUGUUCAAAAUCAUGUAUUGCAGAAUAUCAUGGAUCACUAGCUUUUGCUCUUACUGAUGAUACUGGCAGUGAAGCAGUCCCUCUCACAAAGUUAUCUAAAAACACAAGUUGUGAUUUGGGAAGUUGUAAUGAAAAAUACAAUGCAAGUGAAGACCAAAAGCCAGAAUAUUGUUUACAUUCAGUUAAAAACAUACCUCAAAAAGAAAGGGCUAUGUCAGGCUCAUUUGGUUCCAAAAUAACAAAUAUAUUUCCCUCUCCAAUGUUCAAAGAAAAUGAAGAAGAAAUAAUACAAUGUUUACCUGAACUUUCUUCACAGGAUUUUAAUAGCAUUAUCAGUCAGAAAGAAUUGGAUUCACUGUUGCAAUAUAAUCAGUCAGAUAAAUGCCUACAAAAUACUAAUAGCACUGAGACAGAAUGCAAAACGAAUAGUGAAAGGAUUAUUGGAGAAUUGGGAUACCAAGCAGAAAUCACUGGAAGUCUGCUGUACAGACCUUCUCCUGAUCUACGCAGAAGGGAUGCUGAGGUGACAUCAAAAGAUGGAGAAAAACUUUUACAGCAUUCUACCCAAGCCUUGUGGGAAAAUGCUCAUUAUAGUGUGCAAAACAAUAUGAAAUCUUAUGUUUCUGCAUAUUCUGCUAGUAUCUUAAACAGUCCAGCUACACUGCCAAAUGUGUUGUUAGAGUGCCCUAUAGACAAGGAUGAAGCUGAUGGACUUUAUUUUGGGGAAACUCAAAUUCUGAAUAUAGCAGAUUAUGAUGCCCAUCAGGAACAUAACAAAAUCAUCAAUAAUGCUGUAAGUGCAAACUCUCAAGAAAUAGUGGAAACGUAUCAAAAAGAAAAGCAAGAUGAAAGUUCUUUCUAUGAACAUUUGGGUAACAAAGAUAACCGUCUAUAUUUACAGUCUGAGAAUGAUACAGAUGAGACAGAAAUAAGUUUGCAAGAGAGAAACAGGCUUACUCAUCAAAGUUUAGAACAAAAAAGCAGUGAUGAAAUGAUGCAGAUUCAUGUGUGUCCUGUGAAAGAUUUUUCCAUGUGUACAGAAUUUAAAAAUGCAAGUAUUCUUGAGUUCCCAAGAUCUCCUGAAGACGUCACAUCUUCCACACUUACCCAUUAUGCUGACUCACUGCAAGAUGCAUUUUUGACUUCCCAUUUGUCAUCUGGUUUUCGAGUGCAAGAAAGUCAAGUGAUACGUCAUCAGGCUUUCCCAGAGGUUCCAUGCUCAUCUUCAGAAUCCUCUUGUAGCCUCAGUCGAUGUCAGAGUGAAAUUGAAAGACAUACUGUUCUACAUGCAGCUAUAUCAAGUUCCCCAGUACUUACUAUCAGUCAAAUGCAGGAAAGUCUGUACAAUGAUACUGUAAUAUUUGGCCAGCAGCCAAGUGCUUUAGAAACAACUACUAGCUCUCAAAGAACCACAAAUUUAGAUGACAAUGAAAUCCAUAAAUCUAAACCUGAAAAAAUCCACCAUGAAGCAGAUGUUUAUCAAGAGUCUAGGGUUAAAGUUCCACUGCAAAGAUGUUUAGAAAACAUUGACCAAAACUCAUAUCCUCUUUCACAAAGAGAUCAAAAUACUCCAUAUUUAAGUAGCAGAGAUGAUACAGAAAAUAGACCUACCACUGAUCAUAUAAAAGAAUGUGAGUUGAUGAAUAAUGAAAGGGAAUUUUUGAUGUCAGAACAACUAAACCUUUCAGUAAUUAAUGACAAUAUGUCUUCCAAAUAUUUAUCAGGAAACAGCUGUUUGUCUUUGCAAAAAGAAUCUGAACCAGAGAUAUUUAGAAAUAAAAAAUUAGUUUUUACUGCACAGAAUGCAAACAUCAGCAAAGAUGAUGAACGGCUAGGUUUACAGAGUCAUUGCUUAUCAGCCCCAGCUAUUGCUGGCAUGUCUAAUUUUGAAUGUGCUUCUGAAACUUCAUCUAAAACAGACUAUUCUGAGCAUCUUGCUUCUAAAUCAUUACAAGAAUUAAAUAUGAGUGUUGAGCCUCCAUCUCCAACGGAAGAUGAUGCACACAGAAUUGAAAACUUUUUAAAAUAUAAGACAGAGGAUGUUGUACCCGUUAAAUGCAAGCCCAGGUUUCAAAAGAAAUCCAUUCAAGCUCAGAGAUCCAGUAACUGUGAUAAAAGAAGCUGGAGAGAAAGAGCUCAGGGCAGUCACUCUCCAGACACCUCUCCUGCUUGCUAUCCAGUAGCUGUUGAUCACACAGCUUAUAGUCCCGUGGAUACAGAGAUAGGAAAGCAUUCAAAUAAUGUCACUUUAGUAUAUGGACACAACAUGGGCACAAAAGAACCAAGAUACCAACUGGAAUCAACAGAUGGACUAUUACAAGACAAUAAAGAUGCGAUGCACUUUAGUUCAAGUGAUAUCAACCCAUAUAUUCACUCUUGGCAGCAAGAUGAGUGCCAUAAGAUUGGUUGGAAGCAGUAUGUUUUUGGAAGUGCAAGUGAUGUCUCUAGUAACCCACCUCCAUUGAGCCUGGAUACUCAAACAGUUAUGAGGUGCUCCAGUGUGGAUAAUGGCUUAAACUCCAAGAAUUCUCCUUUCCAUUCCCAUCUCAGUUCUUAUGCUAAUGCCAGAAUGCUGUCCAGCACCAUAAGUAGCACAGAAGACAUUCAACGAUGGGAAGCUGCAAGUGAAAGCUUUCAAUCUGCACAUUCAGAUGAAAGCAACAAGCAUUAUUCCAAUAUUUCUCAUGAUGAACUUGAAAUCACACCUGAAAGCUGUGUUUCCAGAUGUGAAAACCACUAUCAACAGUCGGAAAACACAUCCAUGCAGGUUGAUGAAAUUGUUCUACUCUACCCUUCUGAAUCAGAUGUACCCUGCAGUAAACCACAAGGGCUUCUGACUUGUGAACGGGAAACACAAACAGAGCCCCCAGCAAAGCAUAAAAGACAGAAGAGGCACCGCAGAAGCUACACUGAUCUAUCUGCAAGAAAACCAGAAGGAGCUAGAAAUUCAUUCCAGCAGCCAUCUUCUUGGUCAAGUGUACAGAAUCUUUCUAUGCAUCUGUCACAGCUGCUUCACAAUACUUCUGAGCUGCUAGGAAAUUUUUCUUUACACACUAUUAAAGAUAAUGAACAAAGUGACUGGAAAGCAGUUGAUGAGGAAGGUAAGAAAGCUGCAGUGUCUGACAGCUAUACCCAAACAACAGAAGACACAGGUGUUCAGACAGAUAUUUUAAGGUACCCUCAACAAAAGAACAAGGAAGACCAAAUCAAACCUAAAAUGGAAAACGAACCAAUGAAAUCUCAGGAGGUAAAUGUGAUUGUGAAGGUUGUACAUACAGAUACUGUAGCUUUGAUGAAUGAAAGAGUAUCAAAAAGAAAGGAAUUGAUGCUACAGAGCAUGCCUGACUUAAGAACCCUGGAUGACAAUAAAACACUAGAAGAUUCCUGUGUUCCCCAGCCUCCUUCAAAUAAAGACUCUAGUCCUUCACUAGAAGUACAGAACAUACAAUUAGCUGCUGCACAAGCAGUUACUCUUGACAGUCCCAAAGCUUCAUUAGCUACAUCAUCUUUUCACUCUCAACAUGAUGAGACUUCACACACUGUAGUUAGUAGCCCUUCCUCUAGCAUCUCUCUGUCUUCAGUGUGUUAUUCUCAAGAUAGGAAACCUGUUGGUAAACCUAGUGUUCCAGAAACAAGGGAGCUGUACUAUAAUAACAGUUUAUUUGUUGAUCGUGCGUCUUCCCCUAUUCUGACACUUAAUGCCAGUCCAGUCAGUCAUCAGCUUUCAUUAAACAAAUCUACUUUUUUAAAAGGAUCUGUUGGGAAUCAGAGAGAUACUGAAAAUUUAUUAACUAAUUUUAGAAAAAGGGGAUCAGGUCCAUUGUACGACUUGGGUUCUCAGGAUCGACAUGUUGAUACUUCUUCACAAACAGACAGUGAGUCUACCACAUCUAGAGAUAGCAAGGAAAUGUGCAAGGAGUCUGAAAAUAUCUUGGAUAAGAAUACAGCCAAAGAGCUUUCUAGAAUAGUUGCAACAAAACAAAAGCACAGAUUUACCAUUGAUACACAUACUGCAGUUCACACCAAAAGACUCUAUCAUUCAAGCAGCACUUUGGAACUUUCUAGCCACAGGGAAUGCUUAGUUGAUGGUAACAGAGAGACUGUGCCGGUGGAACAUUCCUUUCAUCAGAUAUGUGCAUCCAGUAGAGCAAGAAACUUUUCAGGUGGAAUCAAAUACAAAAGUCCUACUGGAAAUGCUGAAUCGUCACCAUCUAAAAAAUCCUUUCAGAUAUCUUUAAAUGAGCAUAAUAGAUCUUCAUCUUUAACAUCUGAUGAGUCUCCAGAAUAUCUGCUUGAUUCUUUUUCUCCUCAGUGCCAUCCGACUUGGAGAAAUAAUAAAAGCUAUCCUUAUUCAACAUCUGAAAUGAAUGAGAUGCAAGGUGAGGACACUGUUGAUGCAGAAUCAGAUAUGGAAAGUCAGUGCAACACUGAAAUUCUAUUAAAUGAGAAUAAUUCUUUAGUAAAGACUCACAGACUUCGUAGCUAUAGUCUUCGUGACCUGCCUCUGCACAAUAAGUUCAGCAACUGGUGUGGUGUUAAGGGUAGUGCUCACUCAUCUUUAACUAGCCUGAAUCGAAGUUCUGGUGAUAUUCAGAGCCCAGCAGAAAGGAGGACAAUUAAUGAAAGAGCAACAGAAAUUCAAGAAAGAUCCUUGCUUGGUGAAAGGACAUCCAGAGAAAUUGAGAGACUACAAAGAGAGCGUGCCCAAGUUAUGUCUGGCAUCCAUUUAGAUAUUAAUCAGCCUCCUCUUACUGUGGAACUUACAGAGGCAAAAUUAAAUUAUGGCAUUGGGGAAACAGAUGCACAACUGAGGAUUCUUCAGAGUGGAGCAGGCGAGAAUUUGGUGUCGAUGCCCAUAAAACAGCAACUUUAUGAAAGGCACAGAAAGUCAAUUGAGGUGUUGAGAAAACAGAGAGAGGAGCGACUCCAGUUUUUCAGAAGGAGUCGUAGUCUCAGUCCACAAAAGCAUCAAAGUCUUCUCCAAUCAGGGGAUAUGAACCAGAGAGAUUCAGAACUGCCUAGCCGGCGCCGUGAAUACCUACAGCAGCUGAGAAGAGAUGUUGUGAAAAAUACUAGGGUUCAUGAACCAAAAAUGAAGAUGCAGCAUCCUUCAGAGAUUGAGCUGCUCCUUCGAGAUUAUCAGAAAGCACGAGAAGAGACAAAAAUAGAAAUUGCACGAGCCAGGGACAAGCUUCGUGAGAGAGCGGAACAAGAAAAGAGGCGCAUUCGAGAACAAAUAUUCUUUCAACUACAGAAUGAAGAAACCAAGCUGAAAACCCUUGUAAGCACAAGCACUUUAUGCACAGAUUCUACCCUCAGUCUAUCUUCAGGACCAACAUCUGGAUACCAUAGUAGUAACACAGCUACAUAUGCUGCUAGUGUACUUGGCAAGCAAGAAGAGCAGGCUUCUCCUGAAGAUUCACAACACGCAAGAGGAGAUACAAGAGGCCGUUCAGCUAUUAGAAAUCAUCAGGUUUAUAUUUUUGAGCAACUGCAAAAAGAUUCCACUAAUGAGAUUUUUCCUACAACAUCUUCAUAUAUACAGAAGAGUAGUAUCCAGUCAUCACUUCCUGCCAGCCAUACGUUUGUUCGUAGUCUAAUCGUUUCCCCCAGCACCAUUCCAGAUUCUCCUAUGAAAGGAUAUGAGGAUUUGUCUAAGGACGUCUUGGCUAAUGCUGCUGCAGAGGUUAUGGCAGUAUGUUCAAAUGACCUGAGGAAUCUUUACAAUGGCCAGGCAACAGCUGGUUGGAAAUAUCAGUGUAUGGAAAGGGAUGUACUAGUUUAUUAUAAAGCCUUUUCAUCAUCUGCAACUAAGCAUGGGUUUCUAGGAGCAGGAGUGAUCGACAGACCUCUUCCCACUGUGUUGUGCAUGCUGAAGGACCCUAGCAAAAGGCAUUUGUAUGACAAAACUAUUACCACAGCUCAAGUACAUAAGAAAAUAACCAGCAACAUUGAGUUGGUGUACGUGGUGAGUGACAUUUCGUUGUGUUACCAAAAGCAACCAAGGGACUUCUGCUGCAUCUCUGUAGAAGCCAAAGAGGAAAAUGUGUCCAUCCUAGCAAUCCAGUCGGUAUAUGAAGAAUCGAUGCCUCGCCCUUGUAAAGAAAUGGUACGAGGAGAGAUAUUGCCCAGUGCGUGGAUAUUAGAACCAGAUACUGUGAAUGGAAGAGACGUCACUAAAGUCAUCUACAUGGUGCAGGUUGAUCUUGGUGCCCCAGCCAUUCCCGCAAGGCUCCUGAGCUCUGUUGCCAAGCGGCAGCCUUUGGUGAUAGCCAGACUAGCUCACUUUCUUGCUGGUUAAGCAUGCAUGGAAUACUGAUAACAGAAACUGAUUUGUCAACAAAAUGUAAAUACUGCCAGUGCCAGGAUUUUAGUUUACUAGUUGGCUUCAGAACUGGAAGCAAGCUUUCCUAGAACUGCUAAAUGAACUGCACAACAGAGCACCUGCUUUAGAAACAGGAAUCCAAAAAUCAAACUUUUAUUGAAGUAUUUACAUUUUGAGGGCCUUGGUCAUGCCUUCCUGUUCAAUCUUUUGGAGAAUCGUAGUCUCUACAGAAACUAUGAUCAAGCAAGACUGACUUAAAAAUCACCAAUGUUGACAGACAAAAGCAUGUAAGCAUCUGCAGUUUUAAACUGAAAAAGUCUUCAAUCUGCUGGAAGAGUGAAGGAGCACUAAGACACUGAUCUAAACUUGAAUUUAGAGGCAGUAGGUUUGAGGUUCUUUUUAGUCCUUCACCAUUACAGCAAAGCUACUGUAAUGGCCUUUGCAAAAGGAUGCUUGCAAACUAAGGAUUAAUGUAAUCAUUGUACCUAGUCGGUCUGCUGGUUAAAUAAGAUCCAUUUCACGAUGAAGCAAGGAUAUGCUGACUUUUACGAAGCUGUGUUAGUUAUGGCUCUGAUGAAGCAGCAUCAGCUGGGUUGCUACUUACUCUUAGUUGGAAACACAAACAUGACUCAGGUAGAAAAGACAAAGUUCUGUUCCAGAAUCUCAGCAACACAAAGUCGAAGUGGUUGGAACUGGAUAAACCAAAUUCAUAGCUGUAAAACAUGAGCAUAAUGGUAACAGCUAGGUGAAUCAUGGAAUGGAGCGCAGCAGCUGGUGUAUCCAAGAGAGUCCCAGUUCUUUGUAAGAGCAGCAGGUUUCUAGGACUUCAGAAUCGCAAAAAUAAUCUUAAAGCAGUGCAAACCUGCUGACCACCAGGAGGCUGGAACUGGUCUGGGGUCAGUGUGUGUUCUCCUUCACACUCCACUAUGUGCUUGAAGUCCCUAUUUAUAAUGCCACAUAACUUUCUCUCAUCUAGGCUUAUUAGUAUUUCACAAAACCCAUUCCCUCCAUGACACAACUGCUUUUUUGCAGUUUUGCUACUCCUUAAGAUUGGGUUUAUUGCAACAAAUCAUACUUGAUUAUAUCAAAUAAAAUUUGUUUUGUAAUUCUGUUUAUAAUGAAUUAGUACAAUCAUGACACCUCUCCCACUAUAAACAAGUAUCUCAUAGCAUGUUUUAUUCAUGUGAAGAUGUAAGCUAUUUGUUUCACGUUGUUUCUAAAAAUAGACUUUUAGAGGCCUAGUAUAGACAUCCUGUUAUUUAAUAGCUACUGCAUCAUUUUCUGCCACCGUGCUCUUGUUAAUUAGCAGUUAAGGUUAGUGGUUUUACUGGAGCCAUUAACUGCUCCUGACUUAUUUACAGCUUUCCUGUAACAGUGGAAAUAGUCAGUAAUAAACUACUUUUCUUAUGGUAUCCAAUAGUAGAAGUGAGUAGGUAAUGGGGUCAUAGUGAGAUAAACUUUACUCAUCUUUUCUCGCAACAGAACAGACUGAAGGCAGUAGAAGGAAAGAUGAGAAAUAUAUAGUAUCAUUGGUGCAUUAAACAAAUAGCUGCCAAGUAUAAGCUGCAAAGAGCCAUGUAUGGGAUACCCAGGGUUUUCAUCCUUCCCUAGAAGCCACUCUUUUGGAGCCAUGUAUGAGUACUGCAAGACAGAGUUGCUGCAGAUGCCUGCCCACCAAAGGAGGCUGUUUUCAGUAAGAAUAAGUUAGUUUUCCACAAUUCACAAAUAAUUGAGCUAGAGAUUAUAAGUAACUAUUAGCACAACCUAUCCUGUGAACUUUUGCUUGGGAGUAAGUAUUCAAUGCAGUAAAUUUUACUUUUGAGUAAACAUGCUGAAGCUCAGGCUGUUAGCCCAAAUGGUAAGCAUCUAUCUGUUGAGAAUUCAAAGCACAGAAACUAUAUUUAAUGAUUAGGCUUAGUAAAGCAUGGCUGAACCAAAUUAUUGUAAAGUGAAAAUCCCAUGAGGUCAUUUUCAACACCCAGUCCUCUGGAUCACUUGCUUGUUUCGGGGGCUGGGAAGGACAAUUUGAUAAACUACCCAGAGUACCAGCAGUGGACACACUGUAAUAUGCGAAUCAGAGAAGUAUUUCAGAAAAUAUAUCCAGUGAGCAGCUACCCCCCCCCUUUUUUUGGGACAUGGCACUCUGUUAAUGAAUCAAAACACUUUAGCAGGAACAACAUCCAAGAAGACUCUACUCUUAAUACAGAUGGUGCCUAUUGAAGGAUAAUGUCUUAUUGUACAGUGCAUCAGAUGUUUAUUUUUAUAAAUGCAUACAAUUGUUUUUUCUAUGUUCACAAAUUAAUUUAUUUAUAUAUACUUGUUUUGAAAUGGUUUUAUAUGCUGAAGCUAGUUAUUAUUUUUACAGGUAUUCAAUUAAUGUAUGCUUUUUAGAAAUAACUGAUACUUUAAAAGUACUAUUUAUAAAAUAUUUUCUUUUGCAAAUAUAACACUAUGGUACCUGUAAAUGCCUAGAAUGGAAGAGCAGUCUAUUAAAAUAGGGCAAAAUUAUUUUCUGUGAAAUCUUUUACUCAAAUUACUAUAUACCAUAUCUUUAGCUCAUAUCUGCUUUUAACCAAGAUUGCUAUUUUCAUAUCCUCACAAUAAAUUUCUAAAUA